AUGGAUGAUUUUAAUCCAAAUACACCAGAAUACCAACGACUUUUGAUGGACCGGAAAAUCCUGAGCGAAGGUUAUCCUGCUGCUGCCGCAGCCGCCAACCUUGGAUCUUCAAGGAGUGUAGUUGGAGUUGGAGGUAGCGGAAAUGCUAUUGUUAGUUCUUCUACCUCCGUUGUUCCUUCAGGGUCUAACGCUGUUGCUACCACUAGCGGUAGUAGUGCACCGACGAAUAUGACAGAGUUUACAAAGAGAAAGAAUUGGUCACAACGGAUAAUUGAAGAGCUAAAAGAUUUUUUGCAUGUUAUUUCCCCAACAGGGAAGCUCAUGUAUUGUUCACCUUCUUCAACCGAGCUGGUCGGUUAUACUCCCGAAGAAUUAGUGAAUCGCACUAUAACAGACUUUAUCCAUGUCGAUGACGUCGAUAUGUUUCUUAGAGAUUUCGGGUUGGCCAUACAAAAUAAAACUAGUUUCACUCUUUAUUAUCGAUUUCGCAAGAAAGAUGAUAAAUAUAUAAUUCUUGAGGUUAAUGGACAUCCUUACUUUGGUGAAAAUAACACUACUGGUAAUUGUAAAUGCUUUUUCAGUAUGGGUAGAACUUACCCAUCAAAAACAACGGCAAUGUUAGAUUCAUUUUUGGAAUUGAAAGUCGAAAAUGAAAAUCUGCGUCGUCAACUUCGCGAGUUAAUUGGACCAUCGGAAACUCCAGCUGAGGCUAGCGGCAGCGGCAGUGUCAGUACAGUUAACACCACUACUUCUACUACCGGAGGGUCAACUUCUAUCCCUGAAGGCCGUUCUGUGGAAAAUCUACUUCAUGAUACAAGUAAUCCGUUAGAAUUAUUGACCGGUUUACGAUACCAGGAGGGUGAGCGUGCCAGAGGAAUUUCCACUGGCUCUAAUAACCCAACUUUACUGAACGUAAGUUUAAUGGAUGUAGAUAUGGCAUCAUCUCUAGCAACGCCGUCUUCAAGAGACGACAACCUUUUAUCUACGCAAAUCUCCGAACCUGCUCCCCAACCUUCAUCGACUACCACAACUUCUCCAUCGAAACCUCGAAAGAAGAAAAAACCUAAAGUCGAAGAAGAAGAAUAUGUCUGUACGGAUUGUGGUACUGUAGAAUCACCUGAAUGGAGAAAAGGUCCACAAGGACCAAAGACGUUAUGUAAUGCAUGUGGACUUAGGUGGGCUAAAAAAGCAAAAAGACAAGCUAGUAGUGGCGGUAAUGGAGGAAGCUCAACUCAACCUCCUCCACCGCCAGGUAUCGAUACCGGAGGUGGUGAAUAA